AUUAUGACAUCAUAACAUAAACAAAUACACGUGGAACGAGAACGACCAUCAGUUCGCACGACCCUAGAGAAAGAUAUAUUUCUCAGAUCGUACAAAGAUCUAGUAUUGUGUCAUCAGCUCACAGGUUUGGAAGUAAAAUCGAAAGUCGUCAAAAUGAAGAAAAAGGGAAAGAAAGGGGAAAAUGACCGAUGUCAAACACCAACAGAACAUCCGAGAAAAGAGAGUCAUGGCCCAAUGGAUUUGUUAAUGAAAUUAACCCACAAGAAAAUGUCUUCGGGUUCAGCAGUUAUUCCCAGUAAUUCAGAAUCUUCUAGUCCUAGUUAUGAAAAACAUAAUACCAUUGAAAGUGACCAUUUGGAUUUGCAGGAAAGUCAAGAAGAAUGGUAUGAGGAACUUAGUGAUGACCACACAUCAGCAUUUAAAGAGGUGUUUGAUAUGUUAGAUUCAGCACAUACUGGUAUGUUAAAUGCAGAUAAUCUGUAUGAGGGAUUAAGAAGAGUAGAUAGUGAAAUAACUAAAGAAGAAGUGCAAGAUGUUUUAAAAACUUUAGAUAAAGAUGGAAAUGGGGUGAUAGACUUUGAUGAAUUUCUGAUGCACAUUACUCAGCAAGGUUCUGAUGAUGGGGGCAACAGCGGUGAUAGUAAGCCUAAAGGUUACACUAAACGACAACGAUUAUUUAUCUCAGCUUUGAAAAAAUUCAACAUCAUGUCUGAACUAUGUAAACCACAAAAAGUCCACCAACCUCACGUUUUACGGCACUACACGGCAGGAGUUCGCUUAAUCGGUCUAACAGACAAACAAAUUGCCAUCAAGUUAAAAAAAAUGCAGAAGGCAGGAAAAAACAUCAACUCUCCAUAUGCAAAACCAUUAACUUUUGUUAUUCCAAGUGGAAGCACAAAUCAGAUCCAAACUCUCCGAACAACAAUUGGAUUAAAAACCUCAAACGCACUCCCUGAUUCAGAAAACAAACGUAAACAGCCGCCUAGCCUGCUUUUGUCUGGUCUUAAAUGUGGAAGAAGUCAAGCUGAUAUGGAGAAGGAAAUUCAGUCUUUUGUUUCAGGUACCUUUAAAUUAAAUGCAAGAUUACGGUCUCUAAAACUACCACAUGCAGUUGAUAUUUUGGCCCUUGAAAAGCCAGAUGGAGAGAAAUCUGAACUAAAUGCUCAAGUGCCAGAGAAUAUUAAACCUCGGAAGAAAGGAACAGGUUUUAGAAGUCGUGGCUGGGUUAUGCCAAGAACAGAAAGAGACAAAGUACCUUUGCCAGUUCUCAAAUUAAGUGGCAAGAGAUAUGGUUUAACUAUUGAAGAUCUGCCUGAUAUUCGUGAAAAAGUGAAACUAGCAGUCGAUCAGUAUUAUGCUAGGUUGAGAAAUGCAUUUGUACAAAAUGCUUAUGAUCACUGGGAAAAGUUGUAUGCUCAUCAUAUUAGAUCCAAGCGUCUUCUCAAUAUUUUCCGAGAGUUGUACCGGGCAUAUUCUCCCCAUAAAGAAGUUGAAGCCUGUGUUGUUUGUCCCUGGGUUCCAGGACCAUUUAGACCUGUACAUCAUUCCAGAAUACACAGUACAGCUGUACGCAGGGAACGAGUAACUAGCCCAGAUCUCAAGCAUGGUGCUCGAAGGCCUGUCAGUUGCAUGUAUUAAUCAAAUCAAUUCAUUCAAAUAUAUAUUUUUUUCCCCUUACAAACUGUGUGAUUUGAUGAUAUAUUUGGACUAAAAACAUAUUCAUACUAACUAGUCUAUCAAAAAUUUGCUUCAAAUCCAUCUCAAAACGUAUUCACCGGGAGAUACCUACAGCUAUAAAUAAACUGUCUGUCAUCUUACUUCUUUGUGGGAGGGUCAAUUUUUCAAAAUGUUUUUUUAAUUACUUACUGCCUAAGUAAAUUCUUAAUUAUUUUCUGACAACUUUUUUUUCUGCUGUUUAAUUGCAGAGUCUUUCGUACUUUGACACCCCUCAAUUUUCCCCAAACCGCCUGACCAUUUGAUCAAGAAUAACAACCACUCCCUCAGUCAAACUAGCACACAAUAAGCUGGCAGACAGCAGUCGGCUUGCCAGUUAGUGAUACCCUGCCAUUUUUUCUCAUUGCUUGCCUCAUGGGUGUCUUUUGGGUAGUCCAAUAUUUUUCUUGUAAGACUGGAUGUCUAUACUUUCCAUAUAUACCACAUUUGCCAUACUUUUAUUGGAAAUAAACACCCGAUAAAUACUUUUGGGCCAAUGCAUCUGUAACCAUUUGUUAUAUUUCAUAGAUGAAUAUUAUAAAAAUUAAAGAUGCAUUAUGUAAGAUUUAGAUCAGGAGCUUGCUAUAAUAGAUCAAAAAUAGAUCAUCAAAAAAGAAUAUAUUGAAAAUUUCAUUCAAAUUACUAUAUUCUGAUCGAAGUUAACAGUGUUUGAUGUUCUGACAAGAUGCAGUGCAGAUUGUUUAUUAUCAUAGCAAUACUACUUGAAAAUAGAGACUUAAGUCUUGAUUAUCCAUUUUGUCCUUAAAUUUUAAAAUCUGGCUGGUUUUGUUUUCCUUUUAUUCUUGGCCAUCCGAUGGUGUAGAUAAAAAGCUGAUUAUAGGCUUGUCAUGUGAAUAAAUAUCAAAUUCAAUAGUUUAGACCUGCAAAAGGAAGAUUUAGAUCUUAAACAUAAUGCACCUUUAACCAUUCUAGAAGAUAUAAAUACAUAUGUUUAUAGCUAUUUUGUCAAUUCUCGCAUUUAAAUUUCUACUUUUAUUAUCACACAGAUUUAUUUACAGUGAUAUGUUUUCAGUUAUUUAAUUAGUAAUAGAAAGGUACCAACUCUAGACAGUUGUCCUUGUCAAGCCUUGUGUCCUGCACCUCUGACAAUUGGAAACCACGUCGGAAAACCCUUAUGAACUUUCGCAGCCAACACCGGGAGCAAACCCGCACCCUCUAGGCUAGCGAGCCAGCAUCUUACCCACUCAGCCCACGGAUAGGCUAUAUGAACACAGGUGAAGAUGACUGCACCCAUUAACACUACCAGUGCUGCUGGUGGGACGUUUUUAUAUUUACUGUCAGUGCAGUUAUAUAAUAUUUGAUAUCAGAAAGUUUUAAAAUAUUCUGCUGAGAACUUUGUUCUGUAUUUUUUUCACAAGAAUUCAUCAAUCUGAAUGUAAAGAGAAAUCUCUAUGAUUUGCGAUUGAAAAAUUCUGAACUUUGAUUAGGUUCCUUCUUAUUGGGUCUAAAACGACCAAUCCCAUCAUUGAGAACUUUAACUUAUAUUCCAUUCAGAAGCUUUAACAGUAAAAACGUGAAUGAAAAGGUACCGGGUAGCUCUGUGGAAAGUGUUUGAAAUAUAUACCAAAAUUUCUGAGUAUAAAAUAGAUCAUUUGAUGACAUUGGAUUUGAAUGUAUGUAGUUUUAACAAUAAUAAUCAUCUAGUUAUCCAAGAAAACAUGAAAAAUACAUUAAUAAAAAAUAGGAUAAUAUUAGAAUAAUACAAUAUAUAGUUUUGAGUAAGUCACAAUAUUAUAAACAAGAGCAUCACUAAUGCGCCUGCAAUACGUCCACAUUCCUGCUUUGAUUGAUAUGGUACUUUUUAAAAUAAAGAGAAUGAAAUAGGAAAUAACUGCAAUGACUGUAAUAUGACAAGAGGCAAAGAAGACUAGGCGUUGGAUUGGGGCAUGUGCCAACAUAAAUAGUGGCUGUCUUUACAGUAUAAGGAAUAAAUAUACAAAGUUCCAAGAUGAUCCAUUCAGAAUUGCAGCCUGUAGACAAGAAAUACAAACACUGGACGUGGCUCUGCCCCUGGGGGUUGGAUAUGGAAUAAUAUAAAUAGGUACCACCCUGUUACUGAAGUGAUUGAUAUGCUUAAUUAUUGUAACCUGUAGAGUAUUUACAGA